AUGGAUGACGAUGUCCCAACACUCGAAGCCCUCGUCCAACCCUCCCCAGCCCGGCACGGCACCCGUAUCGAGCAAUCACCAGGGGUCCGCGGUCCGCGGUCCCCCGAGUCUGACUGGGCAGCUGCUCUUCCUUCUCCAGCUCCGACUGACCAGCCUAGUCCUCCCAUAGCGAGCUCCAACCAAGACUCUCACCGGAAUUCAGACUCUUGUGUUCAAAGCCCUGACUUGGGCCACAAUCACUCGGUCAAUAUAUGGAACGCCAUCCCGCCUCCGUCUGGUGGAGCGCUUACCCGGGACCAAGACCCUGCCCGCUGUGAGCCUUCCAACACACCUCAAGACAGGUCCCAAGACACGGUCUCCGCGAGUCAGCCCGUCGCUCCUCCGCCCAUGCCAACGCCCGCAACCAUAGCGGACCCCCAGCGCCAGUCCGGUCAAGCUGUGACGUCGCCUCCGCUGAACGGACAGCUGGCUGUCCCUGUCCAUCACCCACCACGACCUCCCAGUCAAGGUAAUAAUGACAGUCUGCAGACAGUCGGACUACCUGAAGCCAACGCCCAUCCGGAGGAGAGUCUUCGUCCUAAAGUAAUGGCUGAGAACCUCACCGCCUUCAUCAGCUCUUUGGGCGGUCUCAACAAGCUUCCAGACGACGGUACCUCUCUGCCUAGGGUCCAACUUCUCAAAGAAGCCAUUGAGACGGGCGAUUACUUCUAUAUCAUACUGCAUCAUGUUCUUUGUAUAUGGUCAAUUGAUGGGGAAGCUGCCUAUCGCCUCCUUGGUCUUGCUCCCGACGUAGCUGGGAAUGCGCUCGGCAUCGUACAGAACACGCUCAGAAAGAAUGGAAAUAUGACCCAAGAGCUAGUUCGUUUCUUCGCAAACUUCCCCAACUCGUGGGCCUCCGGUUUGUGGGAAACCGAGGCCUUCCGCAAACACGUCGGCGACGUCUCCAUUUUCCUCAACAACCUCCACGAGCAGUGGAACAGAAUUCACAUUCCGGCCAUGAGACCUCGCUCUGGCAGAGGCUACCCCAUUCUCGCGGACGAGUUGCGCUAUCAGCUCAAGCUUCGUUCGCCGUUACUGGAGAACAUCUUCUUCACGGUCACCAGGAGGCACAUCGGCGUCCCUGAUGGUCCCAUCGCGGAUCAGAUGGCGGCGCUCUUCCGACAAGACGCCGAAAACGAUCACGCCAAGAUGUCUGAGCAUGAUCAGAGGGUAUUUCAGCAAUCGUUGAUAUCCAGGUACAAGCAACUCGUGCACCAGAAUGACCUGCUCCAACAGCAGCAGCAACAGCAGCAGCAGCAGCGGCGACUGCGGCAGCAGACCAACCCUUUGCCGGCUUCAGGAGCGCAACAGCCCCUGUCGCAGAACGUGGCCAUGCCUCGACAACUGAACAUGCCGGAGCCAGGGAGGCGGUCUUCCACCAGUUUCUUGCCCACACAAACAACGAUAGCAAGCCCGACGCAGGUUUCUUCCGUCCAGGGAUUUAAUAUGGACCCUUCUCCUCCCGUCCAGAAUCCGCACCAGUUCCAACGCAGCUUCCCGGGCAAUAUUGCCCAGGUGCCUUCGCAGUUGAGGAUGCGAAGCAACAACCCCAGUCUUAUCAACAGUGGAAUUCAGCCGCCCAUGCAGCAGGGCCCGAUGCGGAUGCCCCAAAUGUUGAUGGCACAGAUGAACCAGGCUCCCACUCCAGCUGGCUCUCCUCAUUACGCCAAUGUGCAGCUGCCACAGAUUCACUCUUGCAACUCUCAGGGGUUCCAGCAAGCUUCAAACGUAAAUCCGGACCCCAGACGUCAGACGGCCCAGCAAGAAUAUCAGCACCGCCAUGUCCAGGCCAUUGUACAGAGGCAGGCUGCGAAUCUUGCAUCGUCGCAGACGCAGCAAGUGUCCUCCCCACGGCUACAACAGGCGCAUCAGAUGCUGCAGGUAUCUCGUCAAAGGCAGUCUCCCACAAAUGCCGUUGGCCAUCCGCAGAUGAAUCCGAACGCCCAAGGGGCUAUUCCGGGAGCGGCUCCAGCGGUUGGAAACCACCAGGUGUCAAGGCCACCCGCGGCUCGGUCUAGAGUAAGCCUGCCACGGGAUCCCCCUGACGCGACAAAGUCGGGAAGAUACUACCAAUCUAUCAAGAAACUCGCAGUGGGGCCUGUUGCAACGCCAGCCGAGCAAGCGCUGCACCGCCUUGUCUUUGUCGUGCCCAAAGAGGAUAUUGGCAAGCUGUGUUCUAACCGAACCCUGACACGAGACGGCCUUCCCGUGUCGGAGUACUUUGACGGAUCUCUUCGGUACCGUCUUCGUCUUUGUGAGCUGCCAGUCAACCCGGGGGAUCCAACGAAGAUUGCAGAAUCCACUUGGGCGGUGGCACAGACCCAUUGGCCUGAUCACAUCAACAUUCUGGUCAAUGGCAAAGUCAUGACGAUCCGUCGAAAGCAACACAAUGGACAGCAUCAGCCUGUGGAGCUCACCCCCUUCAUUCUCGCCGGUACGAAUUCGAUAUCGGUGGCGAUAUCACCGCCGUCCCGCCCUCUAAAGCCAAACACGAUGUACUACAUGGCUGUCGAAAUAAUUGAAACUCUGGGUUACGAAAACAUCAUCGACAUGGUGUUACAGCAUGGAGUCAUUUCGGCUGACGCAACGAGAGCAGCGAUCCGAAAGCGCCUGAAGCCUGUCACCGAGGAUGGAGAUGACGAGCUGGCGGUGGUGGGCAACGAUCUCAGCAUUGAUCUGGCCGACCCGUUCAGUGCCACGAUGUUCCAGAUCCCAGUGCGGGGCGCGAGCUGUAUGCACAUGGAAUGCUUCGAUCUCGCCACUUGGUUACAGACACGACCAGCCAAGCCCAAGUGCACCAUCCAUGGGGCCGGCGACGACUGCCGCCUUUGUAAUCGUGGCUUCGGGGCGAGGCCAGAGCCGUCGUUGGUGGACAAAUGGAAGUGUCCCUUGUGCGACGGAGACGCUCGUCCUUACAGUCUGCGAAAGGAUGAUUUCAUGGCCGAGGUUCGUUCGGUGCUUGAGAAGGAGGGGAAGCUUCAUACCAAGACGAUAUACGUUGCGGCAGACGGAGGGUGGAGAGCCAAGGUUGAGGAGGUGGGUGAUGGAGAGGAUGAAGAAGCGGAAGAUGAGCAGCCGCCUACGAAGCGGGUCAAGACACGAGCAACGCCAUCGGAAGUAGCAAACGCUGUGGAAGUUAUCGAAUUGGAUUGA